UAACAGUUCUAAGCAUGAGACGGAACGGACGCACCGCUUAAAUUCAUGCAUAAGUGAUUCAGUGAAAACGUUAAUAUGGAAAAGAUACUUUUAAGUCUUGUGCUUUGGAGUAUCUUAGCAACCAGCUUCGGAUAUGGACAAAUUGCCAGCAAGGCGCCUCUAGGCACCUUGUACAGGUGGAAACAGAUUGACUAUGAAUAUCCCUCGGCCCAAGCUCGCCAGCAAGCUAUUAACAACAGGCAAUUCAUUCAAGCAAACGUGAUUCCUUUGGGAGUCGAGCGCUGGAAGGACCGCGUGUUCAUAAGCACGCCUAGGUGGAAGAGUGGAACUCCAGCUACGCUUUCGACUGUACCGAUAGGUGCAUCGACAGAAUCUCCUCUAUUGAAACCGUACCCCAACUGGGAUUGGCACAAUGCAGUUAACUGUACGGGCUUCACCUCCGUGUUCCGCAUGAGCAUAGACCACUGUGGCGUAAUGUGGGUUCUUGACUCUGGACAAGUAGAUGCUUUUGAAGCACCUCGUCAACUGUGCCCGCCAACGCUGUAUGCCAUAAACGUGGAAACUGACACCGUGCUAGGAAGUUAUCCAAUCCCCGCAGAGUUCGUACUACAGAAUUCACUUAUCACCAAUCUCGUUGUGGACUCCAGGGACGCGCGGUGCAGAGACUUACACGUGUACAUCGCAGAUGCUUGGCGUUUCGGACUCAUUGUCUUCCGACUUGCAGAUGCCGCUUUUUGGCGUUUCUCUCACUACAGUUUUUACCCCGAGCCUUUGCUGUCAAACUAUACUUUGCAUGGACUGAAUUAUCAAUGGUCCGAUGGCCUGUUUGGUAUGUCUCUUGGCAAGGUGCAACAAGGUGAUAGAUCUCUGUACUACCACUCCAUGUCAAGUUCCCUAGAAUUUGUGGUAAAAACGUCUGUGAUUCGCGACCCUGCACGCGUGAGUAACUCGGUGGGCGAGUUCGCUCUGCUUGGCGACAGUCGGGGCGCAAACGGGCAGGUCUCCGCCGCAGCUAUCGACCGCAACGGUGUUAUGUUCUUUAACCUCAUUUCACGAGACAGUAUCGGAUGUUGGGACACACGCAAACCAUAUACAACACAGAACCUAGUAGUUGUAGCUCAGAACAACGAGACAAUGAUCUUUCCCAACGAUUUACGACUGGAUCAUGAAGUACCACAAAUGGGUUGGAUUAUAACAAACAGAUUACCAAUGUAUCAAUUUAAUUUGAUAGAUCCAAAUGCGUUCAAUUAUCGAGUAAUGUUUUUGAAUCCAGCAGCAGCUGUACAAAAUAGCUUGUGUCAACCUGAAAUUCUGAAAUCACCCGACAAUCAGGGAGUGUUACUUGUCUCUAAUUAAGUUUUUUGUAAAAAACAAUAGUUUAACUGUCAAAAAUAAUUAAACAAUUAAGCAAAU